AUGAACUGCAACCAAGACGCACUUUUAUCUUCUCUGCUCAUUCUUGCUGUUAUAGUUAAAUGUGGAUCAUGUGAGCAAACUCCAGUCGUUGGAUAUGUUCCUGGAGUUAGUGGCAUGUCUACUGUAAAUGUGAAAAAUUGUGAGAUACCUGAAACCUUGACGGAUGUACCUCUAUCAAAUGCCCUCGAGUGUAAUCGUCCCUGUCAUGUUGGGCAGAAACCAAAAACUUGUUAUUACAAAUUCGUGCUUGAACGUUAUCCCGUCAGCGGGCAAGCAUGCAAUUUCUGUACCCCUAAUGUCACAAAUACAUUGUGUCCCAAUUGUCAAUGCAUAACUAGCGACGGAGUGGAGCGUAUGGCUUUAGUUGUGAACCGAAUGCUACCAGGACCGAGUAUACAAGUUUGUCUAAAUGAUCGUGUGGUGGUCGACGUUUUGAACAAAAUUCCAGAAGAUGGAGUGACGAUUCAUUGGCAUGGGGUGUAUCAGAAUGGAUCUCAAUAUUAUGAUGGUGUACCUGCAUUAACCCAAUGCCCUAUUACGUCUGGCACAACUUUUAGAUAUCAGUUUCCCGCGAAGAAUGCUGGCACCCACUUCUGGCAUGCUCAUACGGGAUUAAACAAGAUGGACGGCGUUUUCGGUAGCCUUGUUAUAAGAGAUCCAAUAGAACAAGAUCCUUAUUCGAAUCAAUAUGAUUUUGAUUUAGCAAAUCACGUGAUAGUCAUUAGUGACUGGUUUCACGAAGAAUCGUCAGAAAGAUUCCCAGGCCGCAAUAAUAUAAGUGGUGUAACUGGUCAAACUCCUGAUACGUUUCUGAUCAAUGGAAAAGGAAAAUACUUGACCGUCAAUAAUGACACAGGGAAGGGAGCUUUCGAAGUAAUAACUGUAGAAGCCAAUAAACGUUAUCGUUUCCGUUUGGUCAAUGCGUUUUGUGCCAACUGUGCUGGCCAAUUGAUGAUUGAAGGCCACAACUUGACCGCUAUCGCGACGGAUGGACAAUAUAUUGAACCCGUCGCUGUGGAUGCUAUUGUCUCAUUAGCAGGCGAACGAUAUGAUUUUAUCAUAAAUACUAAUCAAGAGCCUGGUACUUAUUGGAUACAACUUCGUGGAUUAACUGAAUGUACAACACCAAAUAUUCAUCAGUUAGCCUUAUUGCAGUAUGUAAAUGCAUCUACAGAACCAAAAACUCCACAGCCUUCUUACGGUGAAAUCCCUUCGAAUGUAAUUUUAAAUCCAGUGGACAUUCCCUGCAACAAAACGAAUUCGCAUGUGAUAUGUAUAAGCAACUUAACGCAUGCCUCGGAUAUUGAAUCUGACGUUGGGCAAGGCGAAGCAGAUUUAAAGUUUUACAUGCCUAUUGACUUUCGUGCGCCCUCACCCGACACCUUUUAUCAGCCUAACACGUACGAAGAUUUUUUGAUUCCAACGCCAGAUAUCAUUGUUUUGGGAAUUAUGGACAACAUUCAAUUUGUUUUCCCACCAUCACCACCACUGUCACAGUAUGAAGAUCUACCUCCGAAUCAGUUUUGCGAUUCUGAAAAUUUGCCAGAUGAUUGCAGCGGCAAUUGUAGUUGCACGCACGUGUUGAAAAUACCGUUGGACGCUGUAGUGGAAGUGAUAUUAAUUGACGUAUCCGGUAUACCAGAGCUGUUUCAUCCUUUCCAUUUGCAUGGUUAUGCAUUUCGUGUCCUAAGUAUGGGCCAACCAUUAGGUCCUCCCACAAAUGAAAGUUUAAUAAGUCUAGAUUACGUGAAGGAGCUGGAUAGUGAGACUAAUUUAAACAGAAAUUUUGAUAAUCCUCCAGGAAAAGAUACAAUUGUUCUUCCAAAUAACGGAUACGCGGUAAUCAGAUUCCGUGCGAAUAACCCAGGGUUUUGGUUGUUCCACUGCCAUUUUAUUUUUCAUCAAGAUGCCGGCAUGGAGCUCGUUUUUCAAGUUGGGCACCAAAGUGAUGUACCACCGGUGCCAAAGAAUUUUCCACGAUGUGGCAAUUUUAUGCCGAAUAUUAAACGUGUAAAUCAAAAUUGUGACGCAAAAUACAAUUGA